UUGUUAAGCAUUUGAAAGUCAUAUUCUCUCUCUCUUUCUUUCUCUCCCUUCUAUCUUCUCUCUCUAUCACCUCAGCCAUCGCCACCGUGCCGGAAAAUGAGUAGUUUGAGCAUGAUUGAGGCAAAGCUGCCGCCGGGAUUUAGGUUUCAGCCAAGAGAUGAAGAAUUGAUAUGUGAUUACUUGAUGACAUGGGUAGCCGGCUGUGGCCACCUGAACCACCCUAUGUUAAUUGAAGUUGACCUCAAUAAGUGCGAGCCUUGGGACAUUCCAGAAUUAGCAUGUGUAGGAGGAAAGGAGUGGUAUUUUUACAGCCAACGCGAUCGUAAAUAUGCAACAGGACUAAGAACAAAUCGAGCAACGCUAUCGGGUUACUGGAAGGCCACCGGAAAAGACAGGUCAAUUCUUCAGAAGGGAACCCUGGUUGGAAUGAGAAAGACAUUGGUAUUUUACCAAGGCAGGGCUCCUAAAGGAAGAAAAACUGAAUGGGUCAUGCAUGAAUUUCGCCUUGAAGGACCCUUUGGCCCUCCUAAAUUAUCAUCUGUCAAGGAGGAUUGGGUUUUAUGCAGAUUGUUCUACAAAAAAGGAGAAGUUGAAGCCAAACCCGAAACAGGAAGCAGCCACGAAAAGGAAAUCACCAAUUCUUCUUCUUCUCUUCCUCCAUUAAUGAAAACCUGUCUCCCCUUUAACCAAAAUCAGGCCACAACAGAUGAGUAUAAUCAAGAGCAAGUGCCCUGCUUCUCCAUUUUGAACAAUAAUUUCUUACAAAUCACAGAAUCAUCCGACAAAUUCAUGCCCACAUCUGGAUGGUUCCCUCCGGAUCAUAAUCUUGGAACAUAUUCAUCAUCAUCAAACUCUGAUCAGACUGUGAUCAAAACUCUAUUUUAUCAUCUUACCAAAAUGGACGACAGUAAAUGCUCCCCAAGUUUUGGGGAAGGAAGUCCAGACAGUUAUCUGUCUGAACUGGGAUUGCAGUGGAACCGUUAUUGAUAUGAUUUUUAAGGUUUGAUUUUUGCCCACAUGCUAUAUAGAUACUGGACUAGGCUGUACAUAUAUAUUUGAUGUUAAGUUAUUUUGUAUCCUAAGAUGUUUUCAGCAUUGUGUGCAUCGAAGUUGGUUUAAUUAUUAAACCAUACCUUCAUAAAAGUUCAUAUAUCAAGAUGGUCCUUAAAUUUUCUUUUGUUUCAAGCUGAUUAUUGACCUA